AAAGGAGUUGUAUAAAAACGUGAAGUGGGUGAUGGAGGUUAUUGUUGACGCAUCUCAAUCACAUCACAUCCAUUGCCUAAGUAUGGUCGAACUAUAGUUGAAAUGACUGAAUGGAGCAACGAUCAGACCCGUACCGUAUUCUUAUUGAUAAGCUGAAAAAUAGAAAUGAAGAAUACCAUGAAUUUGAAUAGCAUCGCAACGAAGAUAAAUGACCAGCAUGGCACGAACUUUAAUGGAUAUCAAUGCAAAGAAAAAUUUGCGAAUCUUAUUAGAGACUACAACUGGCAGUCGAAGGGCGAGAAGAAGCCGAAUAUUGAUGGAUUUCGUACUCAUUUUUGGAAGAGACCUGAAGAUCCAUUUGACAGAAUCCGUAAUAUGAAUAUUUCCAACCGCGGACGAAGUAGGAGAAGUUCUUUACUUACACCUUCUAUUGAGGAGGUUGAACAGGUACUAGGCCAAAGAUCAUCUAGCCAAAGAAGUAGAAGGAGCCGAAGCAAUCGAAGAAGUUGUACACGUUCGGAAUCUCUGUCUCGUAAUCUAUUUCAGACUCCAUCUAUGCCUUGUAAUGAAGAUGGUGAUACAGGAAAUUGUUGGAGAGAACACUCCGAUUUUAUCUAUCCAACCACCAUCUUAUGAAGUUUCUACUGGCAAUCAAAUAGUGUGGAUGAUGGUAAUAAUAUAACAAUGAGAUUAUGCGCCACUUGUGACAGUUCUAUGUAAUAAAUUUUAGCCAUGUAUUUUUAAU